AUGCUUCGUCGUUCAUGCUUAACAAAGUCAUGCGGCCAUUUGUUGUGGUCGCCCACUCUCUCUCUCUCUCUCUCUCUCUCUCUGUAUUUAUACAUAUUUCAUCCUCUCUCUCCCCCUCUCUCCUUUCUUCUCUCUCUCACGCACACACGCUAUCAAUCAUUCCCUCUCUCUCUUUCUCUCUCCGAUUUUCCUAAUCUAAUACUGUUCGGUAUCGUUUCUGUUCCUUCUCUCUUCGCACUUUGUCUCUUUCCUUCUUUCCUCCCCCACCUCUCUCUCUCUCUCUCUCUCUCUCUCUAUCUAUCUAUCUAUCUAUCUAUCUCCCUCUUGCUCUCUCUCUUUCUCAUAAUGUCUUCUCUCUCUCUUCUCCCGUGUAGCAUUUCUUCUCGCUGCUAUUUUUUUUCUUCGCUUUUUCUUUUAAUCUAUCUCUCUUUACCCUCUCUCUCUCUCACAAACACACACGCACAUUUAGAACGUUCUUCUCUUUUCUCACUCUUUCUUUACGUUCAUCUUUCUUUCUUAUGUAAAUCUAUCUUAACUGCAUUUUAUACCAUCUUACACUCUCUCUCUUUUACUCCCUUUCUCUCUCCCACUCUCCCUCUCUCUAAUAUGAUGACAGAAUUUCUCUUACUUUUUACUCACUCACUCUCUCUCUUUGGUAUUCCUUUUCUUUGGUAUUACAUUUUAUCGACGUUUACCAUUUUCUUUUUCUUGCUUUUCUAUAUAAGUGCAGAUCUAUCUAUCUAUCUAUCUAUCUAUCUAUCUAUCUAUCUAUCUAUCUCAAAUAGAUCUAUCUAUCUAUCUAUCUAUCUAUCUAUCUAUCUAUCUAUCUAUCUAUCUCAAUCUGUUAAUAUCUAUCUAUCUCAGUCUAUUAAUCUAUCUAUCUAUCUGUUAAUAUCUAUCUAUCUAUCUAUCUAUCUAUCUAUCUAUCUAUCUAUCUAUCUCAGUCUGUUAAUAUCUAUCUAUCUAUAUUUAUCUAUCUAUGUUAUCUAUCUAUUUAUCUAUCUCAUCUAUCUAAUCUAUCUAUCUAUCUAUCUAUCUAUCUAUCUAUAUCUAUCAGUCUGUCAAUUCAUCUAUGUUAUCUAUAUCUAUCUAUCUAUCUAUCUCAGUCUGUUAAUAUCUAUCUAUCUAUCUAUCUAUCUAUCUAUCUAUCUAUCUAUCUACUUAUCUAUCUCAUCUGUUAAUAUCUAUCUAUCUAUUUAUCUAUCUCAGUCUGUUAAUAUCUAUCUAUUUAUCUAUCUCAGUCUGUUAAUAUAUAUCUAUCUAUUUAUCUAUCUCUGUUCAUAUCCAUCUCGCUAUCUAUCGCAGUCUGUUCAUUAUCUAUCUAUCUAUCUAUCUAUCUAUCUAUCUAUCUAUCUAUCUCAGACUGUUCACAUAUCUAUCUAUCUGAUAACAGAAUAA